UGAUUAUGGGGGAAGUAGAUUGCAGAGUUCGACUUAAACUUGUUCUCAUUCUCUCCUUUUGUUGCCUUCCAAAUUAAGACCGUUAAUUUUCUUCUAACUCUUCCAAAAACUUUUCUCUGUCACACCCUCAUUCCAUUUCUUCCAAAAAGUUUGCAUCUUUCGAACAUACUCAUGGCCCGAAACCCGGAAUCCGAAACCGGGUCGGGUCUGAGGAAGAGAAACGGAACGACCAUCUCCGAGUUGAUUUCCGAGCUGCGCGACUCGUUCCUGACUAGCGACUUUGACCGAAUCGAGAAGGUGCUAUUGGCGCGGGAAGAGAGGCUGGAGGCAGAGCUCGACAAGAAGGAGAGAGAAAUUGGGUCCCUCAAAGAAAAAAUCGCUAUUGAGAGGUUGGGGAGGAUCAAUGCGGAGUUGGAACUGAAGAAGCUGAGGCAAAAGAAGGUAGCGAUUAGUGAUACUGGGUUUGGUUUGGGUUGUGAGACUGUUGUGAAUUGGGAAAAAUGCAAUGUUGAUGGUGGUGGUGAAGUGGAAGGUGGAAAGGUUGGAGCUUUGGGGAAAAAGGAGAGAAGGGUUGCUGCAUUGGAGAGUAAGAAGGAGAGGGAUGUUUGUGAGCAGAAGAAGGAAGUGGUUGGAAUCAGUGGCUCUGUGUCUUUGAAGACAGAUGAAGGUGGUUUAGGUGCUUCAGGGGGCAAAAUUGAUGUUACUAUAGGAAGUGAUGUAGAUGAAGCAACAUUGGACAAGAAAGAGACCAGUAAUGACCAUCGAAGUUCAGCAGCAGCAUUCCAGAAAAAUCUUCUGAGUGGAUUGACUGCAAGCAUUGGGAAUCUGAAAAGGAAAUUUGUUUCUUCGCCCAAAUUAGAUGCAAAUGUCUUGAAGGGCUUAGAUAGUGAUGCUUCCUCUUCUAGUUCCAGUUCCAGUUCCAGUUCUAGUUCUUCUAGUCCAUUUGAUAUGGAUAGUCUACCUAUUUCAAACAAUAAGAAAGCUAGAGCAGAUGCAACUAGUCUUAGACUGAAUUCAUUGCAAAGGUAAAGAGGCCGAACAUAGAUGUAGGGUAAUGAAAAUACUUGGCACAGAAACAUUUUGAUGUAUAGAUCACAUAAUUAAGGGUGGGAAAAGGGAAAAGUGCGUGGUGGUGUUCGGGUUUUUCUUGUGGUAUAUGUGGGAAAUUUUUUGGUAGAUAAGUAAUCAUUAGAGUAGUUUGUUUAAAGUUAUAAAAUUGAAUAUGUUUUGCA